AUGCUUUUUUCCGGUCACAAUUGCCAGCCCUGUCGGCGUACCGUUCCAGAAUGGGAAGCGGGGUUCCGCGGUCUGCGCACGCCGAUUGGUUGCGGGGCGCAUUGGAUCCUACCGAAGAGGACCCCCGCAGCUGCACCUUCUUCUUCGAGGCUCCUUCAUGGAUCUCUUCCUAGUGCAGAGCGACAGCGAGUAGAAAAUAGACCAGCUGCUCUGAGGAACGAAGAUCUCCUUCAGCAGGAGGACUCUGUGAUAAAGUCUCGCCCGGGCUACGGGGUGUGGCAGCCUCUCGUGGAAAAGCAUGACAACAAAAAAGGGAAGACCGUCAGGGUGAAAUUACACAACGGGCAGACGUGCGAAAAAAGGCCCACGGACUGGAAAUUGGCGCUGCUGAAGUGAAAAUUUCGUUUCAUAUGUACCAGGUUUGGAAUGUUGAGGCAUGUACUCUGAUGACAGGGAGAUGAAUUAUGCUUGUACACUACUGUUUUGGAUGAUGAAUGUGGAAACUAGAAAAACAAGCACGAUGGUGGUUGUGCUGCACCGAUGCACAGGAAAGCUGCUCCUGACAGACCACUCGGGGUGAGACCAUGAAAAAUAU